AUGCUGUUCAAACAGUUCCUCCUAUCGGCCCUCCUGGCACCUCUGGCCUCCAUCCAACCCCUUUCUCUAGCUGCCACCACCACUGAUCAUGUUUUCCUCGGUUUUGACUCCCUCCAUAAACAAAUUCUGUCCACUCAUGACUGUGUCAAGGACUUCGAUGGCGGCGCCGGACAGACUUUGCUCUGCGGUUACGAGCUCUACAAUCUCAUGACGAGUAGCAAUUCCGCAAGAAACACCCUGGCGAAUUUGGACUCUGUUCCGGCGGACCAAGUCUUCACUUACUUGAGCCACUAUCAUGAUAUUCGCACGUCUAUCAAAGAAAUUUUGAACACCGCAUCUUCCAAGACCGAUCACCUCGACUCGGCGGGGCUGAAAGCAUUCACGACGAUCAUUCUACGAGGCUUUGCUAAGGAAAGGGCCACGUAUGAAACCUUGUCUAAGCAGAAGCUUCCGGUAGAUAACCACACGGAACUCGCGGGACCGGUAGAGGAUCUUGGAAAUGAAUUUGAAAAGGCUCUUGCAGGCUUCCUCUGA